AGGGCUUUGAAGAAGGCGGCCACCAACGUGGAGAAAGACAUGGUGAAGUCGUGCUUCGCCUAUUUUGGGAUUGUCCCCGCGGGGGACUGUUGCCAGGUGUCUCAGAACGAAGCUGAGCCCAUCCUCAAGUUUUUGGCGGACAAGCUGAGUCUGAAAGAGAGGAAGACGAAAGGUUGUUUCGCAGUAGGCACGGAGGAGGUGAAAUCAGCUCUGAGGCAGCACUUGUUAAGCAGGUUGUGCUCCAUCACCCAGGAGUUCCGGAGCAAACGCUACCCUGGCAUCUGCAGGAAGUACAUCGUUGGCCUGAAGUGUGAGGAUAAGAGCUGUGAGGACUACCACAGGCCCUUGCUGCGCCACGAAGCGAAGACAGUGUUUCAGAAUAAAACGCUUCUGGUGGCAAUCAAUGGGUUGCUGUUGGAAGCCACGCACACUUUCCCUAAAGAGCUACUGAGUCAGUGCAAAAGCUUUGAUGACAUUUUGUCUGCCGACAAAUAUGCGUCGUGUGAAGCCCUCCUGGAAGUGUUUUUCCCUAAUCAUUUUCAUUUGAGAAUACUCUCUGAGAACACAAAGGCGUGCAGAGAAAUACUGGAAUUCGGUAACGUUGUUUCUAAACCCUGCAGGGCAGUGUUGAAGGAGUACAUCAUGUUUAAGUUCAAAAAUGCAGGCAUUGCAGCCAGAAGAGAAUCGACUGACUUGUGGCUACAUGCCAUGCAAGCUUUCAUCUUAUCUUCAGGAUAUCCUGAAGAAUUUGAGAAGCUGCUUUUUAAGGAGGAGGAUGAUUAUAACAAAGAGCUCAACUUGGCUAUGUCAAAGGCAAAUAACUCCCUGAGGAGUAAAGGGCAAGGAGGGAAGGCCAAAGGAAUAGAGGGCAGACAUGGCAUGUUGCUCCCUGACAAAUAUGCCGAAAAUACAGGAAGACCCCACUUGUGCUUCAUUCGACUUCUUGAAAAUUCACUGGAGCAACUCUAUGUUCAUAAGAACCCAGAAAACUGUAAAAGGUUUUUUUUCCGGUUUAUGAACGUCCUGGUCAAGAAAUGCACGAGGAACUUGGUUCCAAGCAUUGGAAACACGGUGAUGUUGUUGGAAUUCCAGUAUAUUCUCUGUUGUGCUGUCCUGAUGCGACUCUCCAAGAACAUCACUCUCUGCUUUCCAAAGAGCUACAUUGCUCUCAUUCAUUACUGGGAGUUCUUAUUCAGAAGCAAGGACCAUAACAAAGAACUUAGAGACACAUUCUCUAUUAUACAAGACUACAGACCAAAGGAUGCCUAUGUAGCUGUACAGAACUUCAGGGCUCAUCUCUGCUACCUAGCAGAAGUUUUGUGUGGAGUUCAUGGAAGGUUCAACGUCCUUCUGGAUGCUUUUGAGGAUCCUAAAUGCAUAACUUCAGGGGAGGCCGAGCGGACUGCAGUGCUGUGCUUAGUGAUGCUGCUGAACGCCGACCAGGUGCAGAAUCCUAAAUGUAGAUUCCUCUUACGCCAACACUUCCCUGAAAUCAAGGCCAUGCUGAAGUCGGUGGGGGAGGACUCUGCCUUUCAAGUGCCUGGGAGGUUGCUGAAGGUCGUGGAACAAGGGAGUGAUGCUACCCACGUCAGAGAGAUCGCCGCGGGCCUGCAAGAGCUGCUGGCAGAGCGAGAUGCGGAACACUUGGUUGACUGCCGGUGGAAGUGGGACCCCGUGUACACCCAGGGGCACCCAAUACGGGGCAUUCUCUACGAACCCAUAAACCUCGACAGGUUUAUCACCUCUUUGGAUAAGACGGAAUACGGCGAUGAGGUGGAGAAGGAACUCGAAAGGGUUCAUUGCUUAGAGGACCAGAAGGAUCCCCUGGAAGUCAUCGCGCUCAACAGGCAGCAGAAGCAAGAGCAGAAGGCGUCUGCCCAACGGCAGCUGCGGCGUGUCUUCCACUUGGUCUCUCUGUGCGUGAAGUGGAGGAGGAAGGCCUGCUCCAAAGCUGAGCCCGUUGCGAGGGCCAGGGAGGAGUUUCUGUCAGAUGUCUUCAAAAAAGCAGAUAUUGACCCCACCCAGUGCGACCUCUGCGGAGUCAGAUUUAUCCAGAGCUCCGAGGGCUAUUUUGGCCGGUCGGAAAGCAUGGAGGGGGAGAGUUGUGAAGGGGUGGCACCCACGGAGGUGGGUGGGGAGGGGAAGCUGCAGGCAGGAGGAGAUGCAGUUUCGGUGGCCAGCGAGGCUUACACAGAGCACAGCAACACGGAGCAGCACAGAAGGAACAACGCUGCCUACCAGGGCUACGCUGAGUUCUUCAGAAGAAAGAUAGAUCCAGUGAUUCGUGAGGGGCUGGAAGUGGUGGAGGCCAUCACAGAAAAGACUUGCACCCAAGACCACUUAGCAUCUAAAGAAGGUUCCAACUUACGCCAGAUAAAAAUCAAAGAGAAUAUUAAGGAGAUUUCAGAUGCAGUAGAGGAAAUCUAUGAGAGGAAAGCCUGGGCUAAAGCUGAAGAAAUAAUAACCAAACACGCCAGCAAGUUGGUGGUCACCAUUGAUGAGGCUCGUAAGUGGCUGAAGAAGAUGGACUCCCACAGGAUCAAAGAGGAAGGCUCUGUGCAUGAUAGAGACUUGGAAAAUGAAGUGGAAGAUGAAAGCAUGGCUUUUGAAGAACUUUUCCAUAAGAAACGCUCAAGAAAAAGAGGCAGAU